CACGCUGUCUGUUGUUUACUGAGUUACUAUGGAGACAGGUUGGCACAGAUCCAAGUCCACGUCCCUCUGCACCAGUGGAGUUUGGGUUCCUGGAAAAGUGAGGGGAUUUGGAAGUGGGUAACCUCUUCUGCACCACCUCCUCACCGAUGAUCCCAGGGAAGGUCUGCACCUCUGAGAUCGUCCCUGGGACAGUGCUGCACCACUGUUGCUGGGAAAGAGACAAUUCUGUCGGCCAGUCAGUAGACUCCACAUAAAUGGCUUCCAGAUCAGAAGAGGAUCUCCGCUGCCCUGUCUGUCAGGACAUCUUCAGAGAUCCUGUGGUUCUGGUGUGCAGCCACAGCUUCUGUAAAGACUGUCUGCAGACCUGGUGGAGGCAGAAACCAUCACGAGAGUGCCCAGUUUGUAAGACCAUAUCCUCCAACAAAAACCCACCAGUCAGCCUGGUGUUAAAGAACCUGUGUGAGGCCUUCUUACUGGAGAGAGAUCAGAGAGGUGCAGAGGAGCUCUGCCCUCUGCACGCUGAGAAACUCAAACUCUUCUGUCUGGACCACCAGGAGCUGGUGUGUCUCGUCUGCAGAGAUUCAGAAGAACACGCCAACCACAGUUUUAGACCCACCAAUGAAGCUGCACGCGAACCCAGACAGAAACUUCAGGAAACUCUGGCGUCCUUAAAGGAGAAGUUAGAGAGUUUAAAACAAGGUAGGAUCACGUUUGAUGCAGCAGCAGUAAAGAUUCAGAUCCAGACCCGGCACACAGAGAGGCAGAUUAAGGAGCAGUUUAAGAAGCUUCACCAGUUUCUACAGGAGGAAGAGGAGGCCAGGCUGCUUGCACUGAGGGAGGAGGAGGAGCAGAAGAGUCAGAGGAUGAAGGAGCAGAUAAGGGCUCUGAGCAGAGAGAUAUCUGCUCUUUCAGACACCAUCAGAGUCACAGAGGAUGAGCUGAAAGCCGAGGACUUCUCAUUCCUGAAGAACUACAAGGCCACGGUGGAGAGAGUGGAGCAGCGCCCCCCGCUGGAAGAUCCACAGCUGCCCACAAAUGUGAUAGACCAAGCCAAACAUCUGGGCAACCUGAGCUUCAACAUCUGGAACAAGAUGAAGGACCUGGUCUCCUACACACCCGUCAUUCUUGACCCGAAGAGAACAUAUCCAGAACUGGUCCUAUCAGAUGAUCUGACCAGUAUAACAGGAAGACGGGGGCAGCAGCCCUCUAAUCACCCAGAUUUGGUGGUAGAUUUCUGGCCCGCCGUCGGCUUUGAGGGCUUUAACUCGGGGACUCACAGCUGGGACGUGGAGGUUGGAGACAGUGUGUUCUGGUUUCUGGGGGUGCUGGCUGAAAAGUCAGUCCAGAGGAAGAUCAUAAAGAGUGGAUUAUGGGGAGUGGUGUCUUUUAAAGGUAAAUGUAUAACACGCUCACCCCUAUCUCAAUCCACUUUCCUCUCAGUACUGAAGCAGCCAAAGAGGGUCAGAGUGACUCUGGACUGUGACCGAGGAGCGCUGAUGUUCUCUGACAUAGAUAUGAACACGCACAUCCACACCUUCACGCAUACUUUCGCUGACAGGAUGUUUCCAUUUAUGGCUACAGGACAGAGACUGAAGAUACUCCCAGUGGAGAUCUGUGUGAAACCACAGCAGGUCUAAGAGAAGCUUAACACUCAGUUCAGACCAGAGAUUUGUGACAAAAUUAGCUGAGAGUUAAAGAUGUUUGCUCUGCAACAUUCUGAAAGCCUGUCAGUUCACACCGCUGCAACUGAAGGAGACAAUCUGCCGUCCCAGUGCAACGACUUUCUGCCGAGUCAAAACAAAAACAAUCUUCGCUCAGGUCAUGACCCCAGUGGUUGCCAUGGUUGCUUCUUCCUCUCUCUCCUCCUUGGCGGGGUUGUAAACCAGCUACGUGCAUACCGCCACCUGCUGUUUCUGACUGAGUACAUGUGCAAGUGGGUCCGGGCACGGAUCGAUGAUGCUAGUGUGAAAGCAAGCCAGCGGUGGAAGAAGGAGGAAUCACGCUGUGGUUCAAAACAACUGGGCCUAAUGUGAAAGUGCCCUUAGACUUUACAAUAACCUUUUCACUGUGUGUUCUUUUGUCUUCAUGAUGUAAUAGUAGCCAGGACCACUGAUUAACUAGUGACUGGACCUCUGCUGGAUUAGAUCAGUCGCUUUAAAGGAAGAAUAUUUAUGCAGUCACUUAUUUUACAUACAGAUUUUUAUUUAACCAACAUUGGUUUGUAGAAAUCUGAUUUCACUUUGACAUUAAAGAUUUUUUUAAUACUUUAUAAUAGAAAAAUUAUUUUUCUUGUUCUUUUAAGAUUUUGAACUGUUGCAUCAUUGUUUUGUUUAUUGUUUUGUAAUUAUUGCAAAGUUUCCUAAUUGUCUCACUAUAUUAUCAUAUAAAUCUCCUCAUCAGUCUCAGGGAAGUGUUUUAGAGUUAUCCUGUGAACAAAAAUGAAUAUUUAAUGAACCCUCUACAUAGCUGACUGUGUUAAAUAAUCUCUUCACAUGUAUCUGAACAGUAACUAUCUCUGUGAGAAACUGUUAAUUAUUUAUAAAUCAUCUCGGCAUGUUUUAACUCUUGAUUUUAAACCUUUUUAGUUCAUUGGCUUAAACUAAACCCUGGUUCUUUCAUAUAAACCCAUACAAACCUUCUAG